UCCGCGCACGCGCACCGCCUGGCCCGGGACCGCCAUUUUGUGCGGAGCCCGACUCUGCGAAAGCGAGAGAGGAUUAAAACCACCGCCGAGGAAGGGCGCCUUGUCGCACCGUCGUCGAAACGCAGCAGGGUGCAGACUCCAGACUUUCGUCUGAAUCCGAGUGCAGAACAAACUGACACGGAGAGAUUGCUUCCAUGGAAGGUAACCCAGCCGGCGGUGUCACAGACGCCUGUGGCGAUGCCUUUAAGGCCAAGGACUGCAAGACCUACCAGCGGCGCCGGGAAGGAGAUGAGGGCGAGGGGCUGGGGGCAGAACUUCUGCAAGGUGUAGCCCAGCAGGUGGGCGUGGUGGGUGUGAACACUGGCAUGGAGAUGAUGGUGGUGGAUUCCCUGGUGGACCAAGCACUGCUGCAAGUGAAGCCGCCCGAGGGCAUGGAGGUGGGAGUGGCCCACUCUCAGGUGGGCGUCGCAAUGCCUGCCUCAGCAACAGUGGACGACACGCAGAUCAUCACCCUGCAGGUGGUCAAUAUGGAGGAGCAAGCAGGCAUGGGCCUAGGCGGGCUGCAACUGGUGCAGGUACCGGUUGGCACGGUGCCUGUGGCUGGUGCCGCUGGCGUGGUGGAUGAGCUGCAGGGCACCUAUGUGGGCACUGCUGACACCAUGGCCAAGGAUGGAGAGCCUGUCAUAUGCCACACACUGCCUCUGCCGGAAGGAUUCCAGGUGGUGAAGGUUGGUGCCAAUGGGGAGGUGGAGACAGUGGAGCAGGACGAGCUGCAACCUCCAGAUGAGCCAGAGCCGGUGGAGAUGCAAAACGAGGACCCUGACUAUCAGCCGCCGACCAGGAAACUGAAGAAGAUCAAGAAGAGCAGGCUGCGGUACAACACGGAGGAGGGCCGCGACAUGGACGUGUCAGUUUACGACUUCGAGGAGGAGCAGCAGGAGGGCAUGCUGUCGGAGGUUAACGCUGAGAAGGUGGUGGGCAACAUGAAGCCCCCCAAGCCCACCAAGAUCAAGAAGAAAGGUGUAAAGAAGACCUUCCAGUGUGAGCUCUGCAGCUACACAUGUCCACGGCGCUCCAACCUAGACCGCCACAUGAAGAGUCACACUGAUGAGAGACCCCACAAGUGUCACCUGUGUGGCCGAGCUUUCAGGACCGUCACCCUGCUCAGGAACCACCUGAACACUCACACAGGCACACGGCCCCACAAGUGCGCAGACUGUGACAUGGCCUUCGUCACCAGCGGAGAGCUGGUUCGACACCGUCGUUAUAAGCAUACCCACGAGAAGCCUUUCAAGUGCUCCAUGUGUGACUACUCCAGUGUGGAGGUGAGCAAGCUGAAGCGCCACAUCCGCUCGCACACGGGGGAGCGACCUUUCCAGUGUAGCCUGUGCAGCUACGCUAGCAGGGACACCUACAAGCUGAAGAGGCACAUGAGGACGCACUCGGGAGAGAAACCAUAUGAGUGCUACAUCUGCCACGCCCGCUUUACGCAGAGCGGCACCAUGAAGAUGCACAUCCUGCAGAAGCACACGGAGAACGUGGCCAAGUUCCACUGCCCCCACUGCGACACCGUCAUCGCCCGCAAGAGUGACCUAGGCGUGCAUCUGAGGAAGCAGCACUCGUACAUCGAGAGCGGCAGGAAGUGCCGCUACUGCGACGCGGUUUUCCACGAGCGCUACGCCCUCAUCCAGCACCAGAAGUCCCACAAGAACGAGAAGCGCUUCAAGUGUGACCAGUGCGAGUACGCCUGUCGGCAGGAGCGGCACAUGGUGAUGCACAAGCGGACGCAUACCGGCGAAAAGCCUUAUGCCUGCAGCCAGUGCGAGAAGACCUUCAGGCAGAAGCAGCUGCUCGAUAUGCACUUCCGCCGAUACCACGACCCCAGCUUCGUGCCCACAUCGUUCAUGUGCUCCAAGUGCGACAAGGCCUUCACUCGCAGGAACACUAUGAUCAGACACACUGAGAACUGCACUGGAGUCGACUCGGCUGAUGCAGAGAACGGUGCCCCCCCAAGAAGGGGCCGAGGGGGCAGGAAGAAGAAGAUGCGUAGCAGGAGGGAUGACGACGACGACGACGACGACAGUGAAGAUCACGCAGAGGCGGAGCUGGAUGACAUCGAUGAGGAUGACGACGGCCUGCUGCCUGACGUGGACAUGGACAUGGAGAUGGAACAGGCCCCACCCACCAUCCCCAUCCCGGCCCCUGUGACCCCGCCUGUUAAGAGGAAACGUGGUCGACCACCAGGCAGGACCAAUCAGCCCAAACCCACCCCAAAGGCGGCCAUCGUCCAGGUGGAGGACCAGAACACGGUGAAGGAGAGAGAUCCUGAUCGGGCCAGCACGGGGGCGACCGCUGUGGAGGUGGACGCCGGAGCCGUGCACAUGAGUGCCGUGGAGGCUGCGCCCAACGGGGACCUGACCCCCGAGAUGAUCCUGAGCAUGAUGGACCGGUGACGGGAAUCCAGUGUGGCGCGCUGAAGCUCCACGGCCAGCCCACGCCCCCCCUCAGCCCCCUACUCUCCCCUCACCAUACUUGGUUUUGUGAUUUUUACCCAGGCUGGGCCUUUUAAACGCCUGAGAAGAAUAGUGACCGUCUAAUUUCUCUACAGAAUCAGCGUUUCCAGGAACCUUUCGUAGUCUUCGCUAACCCGUCCCAUCUUCGCUUUUCGCCGUGUGUGUGGGGCCAGAAGGGCAAGGCUGACUUCCCUUCAGGCUCCAGCCGCCUGCCCCUCGCUGUUGACACCUCCCAUCACGCCUGGGGUUCACUCGCUUUCUUUUUCGCCGCUCUGUCUUCCUGUCAUCUUAUUCAGCGUGCCCCCUGCCACGCCCCUGCACGCUCUCGAAUCUGGGGGGCUCCUGCAGUUUCCCGCCACACUGUUGGCAGUGGUGGCUCUGUGGUGGUGGGUGAGACAGUGGGGGGGGGGGGGG